UCUAGGGAUAGGGUUUUUGAUUUUCAGGGGGAGGGGGAUGAAGAAGCGCCUUGCGCGAUCGAUCGACAUGAUUUGAGAAUGGUAAGCGCUUCCCCCUUCGCGCGCAGCGAUCGUUUCUAGCUUGCAUUCUCGAUGCCUGUGGUAAUCGUCCUGGGAUCGUGCCGCAGCGAUAGGGGUCUAUAGUGGGAAUUUCGCAGGGAAAAUCUCAUCGGAUGCCUCAGCAGUGAUUUUCUCUUUCUCUCUCGCUCUCUGAUGAGAUUUCCACCAAUGGCGCAGGCUACCGUUGGCAAUCUUACCGUUGGCUCUCCUGUGUGGGCUGAGGAUCCUCAGCUCGCCUGGAUCGAAGCUGAGGUUGUCAAAAUUUCUGGAAACAAUGUCACGGUUUGUACGAAGAAGGGGAAAACUUUUACGACAGUGGUGUCCAAGCUACAUUCCAGGGACACCGAUGCACAACCCGGAGGAGUCGAUGAUAUGACGAAGCUGUCAUAUCUGCAUGAGCCUGGAGUUUUAUACAACCUUUGUAGCAGAUAUGCGUUGGACGAAAUCUACACUUACACCGGGAGCAUCCUGAUAGCUGUGAAUCCUUUUGCGAGGCUGCCACACCUCUAUAAUGCCCAUAUGAUGGAGCAGUAUAGAGGUGCUCCGCUUGGGGAGCUCAGCCCUCAUGUAUUUGCUGUCGCCGACUCCGCUUAUAGAACAAUGGUCAAUGAAAAAAUUUGCCAGUCUAUUCUGGUAAGUGGAGAGUCUGGAGCGGGGAAGACUGAAACGACUAAACUGACUAUGCAAUACCUUGCAUACAUGGGAGGUCGUUCUACAUCUGACGCACGAACUGUGGAACAACAAGUACUAGAGUCGAAUCCCCUUUUAGAAGCAUUCGGCAAUGCAAAAACUGUCAGAAAUGAUAAUUCAAGUCGUUUUGGAAAGUUUGUUGAUAUUCAAUUCGAUCAAAGUGGAAGAAUUUCUGGCGCAGCUAUAAGGACGUAUUUGCUCGAAAGGUCCCGCGUCGUGCAAAUAUCAGAUCCCGAGCGUAAUUACCAUUGCUUUUACCAGCUGUGCGCAUCCCCAGAGGAUGCUGAAAGAUACAAGCUCGGUGAUCCACAACAGUUUCACUAUCUAAAUCAAAGCAAAUGUUUCGAGUUAACGGGCAUAAGCAACAGCAGAGAGUACGCAAACACGAGAAGGGCGAUGGAUAUCGUUGGCAUAAGCCCCGAAGAGCAGGAAGCUAUAUUUCGGGUGGUAGCGGCGAUUCUGCACUUGGGAAAUAUUGAUUUUGUUUCUGGAAAAGAUUCUGAUUGCUCCGUUCUAGAAAAUUCGAAGUCCAGAUUUCAUUUAGAGACAGCGGCAGAGUUACUCAAGUGUGAUCCCAAAGGUCUUCAAGAUGCUCUCUGCUUUCGGGCGAUUGUCACGCGGGAUGAAAUAAUUACCGUAGCUCUUGAUCCUGCAGCUGCAACUGUUAAUCGCGAUACGCUGGCAAAAACACUUUAUUCUCGUCUUUUUGACUGGCUGGUCGAAAAAAUCAACAAAUCCAUUGGACAAGAUCCCGAAUCCGAGACUGUUAUCGGAGUGCUUGAUAUUUAUGGAUUUGAGACUUUUAGAAGCAACAGCUUUGAACAGUUUUGUAUAAACUUUGCCAAUGAAAAGCUUCAGCAACACUUCAACCAGCACGUAUUCAAGAUGGAACAAGACGAGUAUACAAAAGAAGCUAUCGACUGGAGCUACAUUGAGUUUAUUGACAAUCAGGACGUUUUAGAUCUUAUCGAAAAGAAGCCGUUGGGUAUCAUCGCCCUUCUUGACGAGGCUUGCAUGUUCCCGAAGUCCACGCACGAAACUUUUGCGACCAAGUUGUUCCAGGCAUUCAAACACCAUGUCAGAUUCAGUCAACCAAAGCGGGCCCGAACAGAUUUUACCAUCGCUCAUUAUGCUGGAGAGGUCACUUACCAAACGGAGUAUUUUCUGGAUAAAAAUAAAGACUAUGUUGUUGCAGAGCAUCAAGCCAUUCUUGGAUCCUCUACUUGCGGCUUUGUCUCUGGGCUUUUCCCAAUCCCGUCAGAAGAAUUUCUGAAGUCCUCGUACAAAUUUUCUUCUAUUGGUACUGGUUUCAAGCACCAACUGCAACAACUUAUGGAAACAUUGAGCACCACGCAACCGCAUUACAUUCGGUGUGUUAAACCCAACUCUCUCAACAAGCCGGGAAUGUUUGAAAAAUCAAACGUUCUUCAACAACUGCGCUGUGGGGGUGUGCUUGAAGCUGUUCGAAUUAGCUGUGCUGGAUAUCCAACCAGGCGGCCCUUUGACCAGUUCCUUGAUCGUUUUGGUUUCCUUGCUCCCGAGUUCCUUGAUGGACGGUAUGACGAGAGAAAAGCAACCGAAAAACUACUUCAGAAGCUGAACCUUGAUAGCUACCAGAUUGGGAAAACAAAAGUUUUUCUAAGAGCUGGUCAAAUGGCAGAGCUUGAUGCUAGAAGAACAGAAAUCCUUAACAGCGCUGCAAAACUCAUCCAGCGCAAAUUUCGCACUUACUGUGCGCGGAAAAACUUUUCAAAAAUGCGGAAUGCUACAACUUGUAUACAAGCGUACUGGCGAGGCAGGCUCGCACGCAAAAAAUACGAAUCACUGCGACGAGAGUCCGCUGCAGUAUGUCUGCAGAAGUAUGUUCGUGGCUUACAGUCUCGGAAGGAAUUCAAGCAAGCAAGGAAUUCUGCUGUUCGUAUUCAAUCUGGUUUUCGCGGUAUGUCUGCCCGGAGGCGCUACAGAUCACACAGGAAAACCAAUGCCGCAACGCUUAUACAGUCACACUGGCGAGCAUUUAGAAAUCGUCGCGACUAUGUACAAUUACGAAAGGCAGCAACGGCUAUUCAGUCCCAGUGGAAAGGUCGUAUGGCAAGAAGGGAGCUUAAAAGGCUGAGAAUCGCUGCGAGGGAAACUGGAGCUUUGCAAGCGGCCAAAACGAAGCUUGAAAAACGAUGCGAAGAUCUGACAUGGCGUCUUCAAUUAGAAAAGCGGAUGCGGGUUGAUGUGGAGGAGUCGAAAGAGAUUGAGAUUGCAAAAGUACAGGCUCUUGUACAAGACCUUCAAAAGCAAGCUGAAACUGCAAACACAUCGCUUGUAACUGAACGAGCGCAGCACAGGAAGGCGAUUGAAGGUGCUGUUAGCGCUGCUAAGCAGUCACUCACUGUGCAAGCUAGUCAUGAGAGCAGGCUUCAGCAACUUUUGGCUGAAAAUACACGUCUUCAGGCGAUGGUUAACGCUUUUCAAACGCGAGCAAAUGAGACUGAACAUCUUCUUUCAACCAGCAAGAAACAGAACCAGGAAAUCAUGCGAAAGCUUGAGUUAAAGAUUGAGCACUUGCAAGAGUCCUUGCAGAGGUCUGAAGAGAGACUAUCAAAUUUGGAGUCCGAGAAUCAAGUGCUUCGGCAGCAAGCGCUCGCUAUAUCCCCAACAAAUAACUUAAAGACUCCCAUUUUCCAAAGAAUUCCAGACAGUUACCACCUUUCCAAUGGUGAUUAUCGAAGCCCAUCGGAUUCUAUUUCCCCGGAUUCACAGAUGGAUCACAAAAGGCAAAAACAGCUUAUUGAUCGGCAACAGGAGAACCAAGAGGCGCUUCUCCAAGUCGUGAUGCAGGACGUUGGGUUUAGCCAGGACAGGCCUGUAGCAGCAUUCAUAAUCUACAGAUGCCUUCUUCAUUGGCGAUCGUUUGAAGCAGAACGAACCAGCGUGUUUGAUCGGAUAAUUCAAACAGUUGGAUCUGCCAUUGAAGCCCAGGAAAACAACGACAUAUUAGCCUACUGGCUCUCAAAUACGGCAAUGCUCCUGUUUUUGCUACAACGCACACUCAGGGCCAGCGUUGCAGGAAAUAUCAUGGGUUCACAACGCCGUCGAUCAUCAGUCACCUUGUUUGGCAGAAUGACACAGGGUUUCAGAUCACCAUCCAGUGGUAUGGCACCUCAUGGGAAUGGUACAUAUCACGGAGGAUUAGAAGCGGCAAGGCAAGUUGAAGCCAAAUAUCCGGCUCUCCUUUUCAAGCAGCAACUCACUGCAUAUGUCGAGAAAAUAUAUGGAAUUCUGCGUGACAACCUCAAGAAAGAAGUGACGCCGUUGCUUGGAUUAUGCAUCCAGGCUCCAAGGUCAAGGACAAGCUUUGGGAAAGCAGGACGGUUCUCACCGAACUCCAGCAUCACCGGACUACAACCAUUGAGCCACUGGCAUGGCAUUAUCAACAGCCUCACGAAUCUCUUAAAUACUUUGAAAGGGAACUAUGUGCCUUCGUUCUUGACUCGCAAGCUUUUCAAGCAAAUAUUUUCCUUCAUCAAUGUUCAGCUUUUCAACAGUCUUCUUUUGCGACGGGAGUGCUGCUCUUUUAGCAAUGGCGAGUAUGUGAAAGCUGGCCUGGCCGAGUUGGAACAAUGGAUCUGUGGCGCUUCUGAGGAGUUCGCAGGUUCAUCCUGGGACGAGCUCAAGUACAUUCGACAAGCAGUUGGUUUUUUGGUGAUCCACCAAAAGCCAAAGAAAUCACUCGAUGAAAUUAUGCACGACCUUUGCCCGGUUCUGAGCGUGCAACAAUUGUAUCGUAUUAGUACUAUGUAUUGGGACGAUAAGUAUGGAACACACAGUGUAUCACCAGAGGUGAUUGCAAAUAUGCGAGCGCUAAUGACCGAAGACUCCCAUCACUCAGUGAGGAGCAAUUCAUUUCUUCUAGACGACGAUUCAAGUAUUCCUUUCUCCGUGGACGAUAUUUCUCAAUCGAUGCGGGAGGUGGACUUGUCCGACAUGGAUUUCCCUCCCAUGUUGCGGGAGAAUCCCGCAUUCCACUUCUUGCAACCUCAAGCUGACUGACAAGUUGAUGGAUCAACCGUGUGACAACUGAACUCUUCUGCGACAUGCUUUUUUUCUUUUUUUCUGUGUAAACUUAAUCUGGCAAGUUUAGAAAAAUCAUGGAGAGCUUUCCCAAUCUGAAA